AUGCCCCAAGUUGCCUUCCAUUUCGAUGUCCUUUCGCUGUAUUCAGCCUUACAUGUGGACUUGUAUACCCCAGCUGCCUCCUUUCAUGCCGCUUUGUUUGCCAUGUUACAAGAGAAUGGCUACAAGUUCACCCACAACGACCCCUUUCUCCAGUCGUUUAGUGAGGCAAUCACUUGGUUCCAGGCCUUGUGUGAUUUAGUAGAGGUUGAAAUGGAGAGAGAAUUCCUCCAUCCCUCAUCCCCUGCAGUGCCCGAUGCACCACUAUGUCAUUCUGCGCUGGCUGAGUCCGCCGGGUCCAUCCAUGCUGCUCCUGCUCACAAUGGAGAUCCUUCAGUCGCUAUGUCCCAUGGCAUGGUGUCUGUUGACCAUGGCAUCCCAACCUUCACAGAGAUGUCACAGGACCUUCCAUUGAUGGUCCCUGAGUGA